AUGGCAAGUGUUCCAACCUUUGAAUCCAGAAAGUUUCUGCCACUUCAUGAGAAAUGGCUGCUCGUACCAGCUUUUUUGAAGGUGCGUGGUCUUGUUAAGCAGCACAUCGUCAGCUUCGACUACUUUGUGAAUGAGGAGAUUAAGACGAUUAUGUUGGCAAAUCAGAAGAUCACCAGCGAUGCGAAUCCGAAUUUUUACUUGAAAUAUCUUGACAUCCGCGUGGGGAGACCUUCGGCUGAGGAGGGUCUUAACAUGGUUCAUGACAAAAUAACUCCACAAGAGUGUCGCCUAAGGGAUAUCACCUAUGCAGCCCCAAUAAACGUCGAUGUUGAAUACAUUCGUGGUAACCAAAGGGUUAUCAGGCGUGAUCUAACCAUUGGACGAAUGCCCAUCAUGCUGAGGUCCAGCAAGUGCAUCCUAAAGGACUUGGUUCUGUCCUCAACUUCGGAAAAGAAGAGCAUGACUUAUGUCAUUGCUAGGAGAAACAAAUACUGGUUACGACAUAAUCAACUAACGGACGACAUUCCUGUUGCUUUUAUAUUCAAGGCUAUGGGUGUGGAAUCUGAGUACAAUAUAAUAAGUGCGAUUGGUUUAGAAGAGAAAUAUGUUGUGAAAGUUCGGAAACAUGGGUUUCCUUACGGAGGUUCUUCAUCGUCUAACAUUUCUGCUCCAAAAGAACAUGAGGCGGUUGAUUUCUUGUCGACUUCCAUGAUCUGCCAUAUUCCUUGCAACGAUGGAAAUUUCAAAAUGAAAGCAAUAUUCCUCGGUUUAAUGAUUAGAAGGCUUAUUCAAGCAGAACUAGGUGAAUGUGACUUGGAUGACCGUGAUUUCUAUGGAAAUAAGCGCCUGGAGUUAGCUGGUUCAUUGUUGUCACUUUUGUUCGAAGAUGUGUUGAAACGAUUCAAUAGCGAACUGAAAAGGGUGGCUGACAAUUCUUUGGGGAAAACUCUAGCUGCGCCACUUGACAUUGUGAAACAUAUGCGACAGGACUUAAUAACCCAUGCUAUAUCGAAUGCCCUUUCCACUGGAAAUUGGAUUAUCAAGCGAUUUCGUAUGGAGCGGCAUGGUGUAACUCAGGUACUUAGUCGUUUGUCGUACAUUUCUGCUUUGGGUAUGAUGACAAGGAUCAACUCAACAUUCGAGAAGACUCGAAAGCCGGUGCUUCGUCUACUGUUUAAUUCCGGUGUAGAGGACUUGCAGAAUAUGCACUUUUCCCACAUAAAUAAUCCUAGUUAUCACCAAGUGUUUUUGAACGGUCUUCUAGUUGGGACAACCUUAGAUCCUGCCCGUGUCGUGCGUGCUGUGCGAACAGUUAGAAGAAGUGGUCUACUAUCGGAGUUCGUUUCCGUUUCAAGAUCGCUUCCUUUACGUGCUGUUUAUAUCGCCAGUGACGGCGGUCGUCUCUGUCGGCCAUACCUCAUUGUGGAAAAUGGAGAAGUGCUCCUGCAACCUCAUCACAUACAAAAACUGAAAGAUGGACAGCGGAUUUUCGAGGAUUUUGUGGACGAUGGAUUGGUAGAGUAUUUGGAUGUGAAUGAAAUGAACGAUGCAAAUAUUGCCGUUUACGAGACGGAUGUGAACCCGAAGACCACCCACCUAGAGAUUGAGCCGUUCACUCUAUUAGGUGUUUGUGCUGGUCUUAUCCCGUAUCCACAUCACAAUCAAUCUCCAAGAAACACUUACCAAUGCGCUAUGGGUAAACAAGCUAUGGGAACAAUUGGAUAUAAUCAACAAAAACGAAUCGAUUCUAUAAUGUACUUGCUUUGUUACCCUCAGAGACCAUUAGUGAAAUCAAAGACUAUCGAGUUAAUAAAUUUCGAAAAGCUACCGGCUGGUGCUAAUGGAUACGGUAGAUGCCUGGUCUAUAAACAUGCCAAGGGAACCGCUAGGAAAUAUCCAAACCAGACGUAUGAUAGACUUAUGGGUCCUUCACUUGAUCCAAUCACAAGGAAGCCCAUUUAUAAGCACAGGGUUCUCGAUGAAGAGGGUAUAGUUUUUGCCGGAGCUCGUAUCUCUUCAAAACAAGUAAUAAUAAAUAAACAUAUGCCGAUAGUAUCUCACGAUGGCUUGUCUUCCAGUCCUCAAGGUACAUUGAUUUCAAGACCUUCAGAACCAGAAACCAUUUUAAUGGCGCUUUUUACUAUCCCUUUUUACUCUUGUAACUUCCAUCUUACCUUCUGUUUAGUACCCGUUCCUGGAGUUCGCUCUGUAGAGUAUAAAGAUGUGUCGAUUGCUUAUAAGAAUCCAAUACCAUCUUACGCGGAGCGGGUGCUUCUGACAUACAAUGAUGAGGACGCUCACCUCGUCAAAGUGUUGUUGAGGCAAACGAGGCGUCCAGAGUUAGGCGAUAAAUUUUCUUCACGACAUGGACAAAAAGGUGUUUGCGGACUUAUUGCACCUCAGGAAGACUUGCCAUUUAACGACACUGGGAUGGUUCCGGACAUGAUAAUGAAUCCCCAUGGGUACCCAUCACGAAUGACAGUCGGCAAAUUGAUGGAACUUAUUAGCAGUAAAAAUGCCGUGCUGAGUGGGCGCUAUCACUAUGGGACAGCGUUUGAAGGCGAUCAAGUGAAAGACGUUUGCAACGAACUGGCAUCACGAGGGUACAACUAUCUGGGUAAGGAUAUGUUAACAAGUGGAAUCACUGGGCAGCAAUUAUCUGCGUAUAUUUACUUCGGUCCAAUAUACUAUCAGAAGCUCAAACACAUGGUUCAGGACAAAAUGCAUUCAAGAGCGAGAGGACCGAGAGCCGUAUUGACUCGGCAGCCUACAGAAGGUCGUUCGCGUGAUGGAGGACUUCGAGUUGGUGAAAUGGAACGUGACUGUCUCAUUGCAUACGGAGCAUCCAUGCUGCUUAUGGAACGCCUCAUGGUUUCAUCGGAUGAGUUCCAAGUGGAAGUUUGCUCAGAUUGUGGUCUGAUAGGUUACCAUGGUUGGUGCCAGUAUUGUCGUUCUAGUAAGUCGUUGGCGAACAUCAAAAUCCCUUAUGCAUGUAAAUUGUUAUUUCAAGAACUUCAGUCAAUGAAUAUUGUUCCAAAGCUCGAUUUGGCUCGUUAUGCAUAG